AUGAGCGAAACCACUGCAACCUCAACUACAACAACAAAAACAACAGAUAAAGACAAUGUAAAUAAUAAUAAUAAUAAUGAAAAUAAAGAAGAAAAACAACCAAUUAAUAUUAUAGUUUUAGGUAUGGCCGGUAGUGGUAAAACUACUUUAUUACAAAGAAUUAGAGCACAUUUAUAUGAAAAUAAAAUACCAGGAUAUAUUAUAAAUUUAGAUCCAGCUGUUAGUAAAUUACCAUAUACACCAAAUAUUGAUAUUAGAGAUACAGUGAAUUAUAAAGAAGUUAUGAAACAAUUUAAUUUAGGACCAAAUGGGGGUAUUGUUACAUCAUUGAAUUUAUUUAGUACUAAAUUCGAUAAGGUAUUGGAGAUUGUUGAAAAGAGAUCAUCAUCAUUGGACUACAUUAUAUUGGAUACACCAGGACAAAUCGAAGUAUUCACAUGGAGUGCAUCAGGUACUAUCAUCACUGAAUUGAUGGCAUCAUCAUUUCCAACUGUAUUGGUAUACGUUGUCGAUACACCACGUACCGUUGAUCCUACUACCUUCAUGUCCAAUAUGUUGUAUGCCUGUAGUAUAAUGUACAAGAGUAAGCUACCAAUGGUUGUGGCAUUCAAUAAGAUCGAUAUCACCAAUCAUCGUUUUGCAGAGGAGUGGAUGUCUGAUUUUGACUCUUUUCAAGACGCCCUCACCAACGAUCCAACUUAUAUGGGCAAUUUAACAAGAUCACUUUCAUUGGUUUUAGAAGAAUUUUAUUCAACACUUCAAAGUGUUGGUGUAUCAGCUGUUGAUGGUUCUGGUAUCGAUGAAUUCUUUGAAAAGAUUGGUUUGGCCGCUCAAGAUUAUCAUAAAUACUAUAAGGCUGACCUUGAAAAAAUUAAAAAACAAAAAUCUGAUAAAGAACAAGCUGAAGCAAAUAAAAAUUGGGAAAAAUUAAAAAGAGAUUUAGAAGAAUCAAAAGGUGCAAAAGUUGAAUAUGAUUUUAAAAAGGAAAAGAAAAGAGAAAACCAAGAAAAAACUAAAAAUAUUUAUGAUGAUGAAGAGGAUGAUUAUAGAGAUGAUCGUGAUAUGGAAGAUUCAGGUGAAUAUGAAAGUUAUGAAGAUGAACAAGAAGAAGGUGAUUAUGAAAAUGAAGAAGAAAGAUUAGAAGAUCAACGUGCAUAUGAAUCUUUAAUGAGUUCAAUUAAAAAGAUUUAA